CAUUUCAGUCAAGCUGAAUUGUGACGUCAUCACGUCUUCCCCGGCCCCUCCUGCUCACGCUGCACGCUUAGUUGGUGUUUAUGGUGUUUCCUGCGUAGAGGCAGCUGUAGGUUUGCAGAGUGGUAGGAAAUUUAAAACGUUAGUUAGAUAAAACAUUAGAAGUAAAAACAAAACGGCGCAUGUUUGAUGGCGACAGCAGCAGCAACCUACUCUUCUGAGACGCUGCGAGACCUGCUCGGUGUAAGCUCCUGUGGUCCGGCCAUGUCUCAGCCUCCAUCCUUACCCUCCUUUGCGGAGUACCCGAUGCACCGCCCCUUCCUCAACGCUGACCUGCGGAGAUCCCCUGACAAACCAGUCAAAGCGUACCCGGAGAGCAGCAGCACAGCGAUCCUAUCGGCGCUGAAGAACCUACAGGAAAAGAUUCAGCAUCUAGAAGUGGAGCGGGCGCAGGCUGAGGAGAACCUGCAGCGGCUCUCCCACCAGACCAGCGAGUACAAGAAGGUGCUGGACCGCGAGCGAGAGCACCGCGACUCCAGCAAGACGCAGGCAACCAGGCACAACCAAGAGCUGUCAACACAGCUAGCAGCUGCUGAAUCUCGGUGUAAACUUCUGGAGAAACAGCUGGAAUACAUGAGGAAGAUGGUCCGCAACGCAGAAACGGAAAGAACAACGCUGUUAAAGAAGCAGGUUUCUUUAGAACAAGAGCGAUCUGUCGACACAUCAGAUGUCCAGGCCAAGUUUGAGAAGCUGGACCUGCUGGAACAAGAAUACCUCAGGCUCACAGCAACACAGGGACUGGCAGAGAAUAAAAUCUGUGAGCUGCAAGAGAAGCUUCGAGAAGAAGAGCACCAGAGAAAACUGGUUCAGGACAAGGCUGCUCAGUUACAGACCGGGUUAGAAGCCAAUCGAAUCUUGCUUCAGUCUGUGUCCCCUAAACCACCAAAGGCAAAGAAAACAAAAAAGAAGAAAAAACAAGCAGCAAAAAGGCCUGUUCAACAGCACUAUUCACACACCCAGCCUCAUUACAGACUGAGUCUAGGGGACGUCCCCUUUGUAGCAGGAAAGUCCACUGGUACCAGCCACUCGGUACGUGCCAAUGUCCAGCAUGUGCUGCACCUGAUGAAGCAGCACAACAGGCUGCUGUGUAACGACCGUGUGCUGAGCGAUAGGCCAGUGGCCAGGAAGUUAAGCUCCACCACCAAUUGCAGGAGGGCUUCGACCACCUCCACCACUAGCUCCUCCUCUUCCUGCAGCGAGGAGCUCUCCGACCUGUUGCUGGCACUGCAGGAUGAGUUUGGGCACAUGAGCUUUGAACACCAAGAACUAGUGAAACAGAUUCACGAAACUCGGACAGACCGUUUGCGACAAGACUUGGAACGAGAGUUGGAAUCGCUGGUUAAGAGAAUGGAGGCUAAAGGGGACCAGAUAGCGAAAGUGCACAGGCACCAAGGACAGCUGGAGAAAUUAAAGUCACAAAGGAAGCAUUCAAGCGAUGGCAGGGGGAGCAGGAGAGUGUCUGGAGUCGGGGAGGUGAAGGUCACAACCACUGUCACCACAAGAGGAAAGAGUGCGGGUCAGAUCAAGGUGAAACCAGGGGAGAAAAGCAAGGACAGUCUGAGACUGCUCAGGGACAUGCAGACCCUGCAGACUUCACUCCGCAAGGACGAUAUCCACUGGGAUUACUGAGCGCCUUGGGGAGGGAGUGACACACUCAGGGUUUGGUGUUUAUGGAUUGGGAUCGCACCAUGCUAUUCCUCCACCUUCAUGUACAUUGUGGUGUUUUUAUCUGUAUCUGGUUUGGAUUUUUUUUUUUUUAUUGCUACUAUCCGCUGUGAUUCUAACAUUUUAAAAUAAAAUAUUUAUUUUUUA